AUGGAGCAGGCGUCCUUCCAGGACCCCUGGGAGCUAGACGCCCCGCAGCACCCUCCACAGCCAGGCCUGGCCUCCGACCCGACGCAACCCCUGGGGACAACGACCAUCACAUCCAGCCAAGCUGGGGUGUCCCCUAGUCUCCCCAGCCUGAAAGUGGCCCGGGAAUCUACGAAAGCCAGAAGCAGCAAGACCCAAGAGCAGCAAGACCUAGCUAGCUCCUGGAUCCCGUCCCCACUCCAGGCGGGCGCGCCCCAGGGUCGCCAGAGCAGCCGGGCGCGCGCGGGCCGGCAGGGGUUAAGGCGAGUUGGCCGCGAGCGGAGGGGCGGGGCGGCGUUGCCAUUGGUGGAAAGCCGCCGCUGCGCUGCGCUGCGCUGCGAGACGGGCCGGGCCGGGCCAGGCCGGGCUGUGGGCCGGACCCCUCGGGGGGCGAUGCGGCGGCUGCUGCCCCUGCUGCGGACCAUCCUCUGGGCCACGCUGCUCGGCUCCCCGCUGCGGGGGGGCUCCGGCCUCCGACACCCCCUUUACUGGAACUCCAGCAACCCCAGCUUGCUUCGAGGUGAUGCGGUGGUGGAGCUGGGCCUCAACGAUUACCUAGAUAUCUUCUGCCCCCACUACGAAGGCCCAGGGCCCCCUGGAGGGCCCGAGAGCUUCGCCUUGUAUAUGGUGGACUGGCAGGGUUACCAGGCCUGCCAGGCCGAGGGGCCUCGGGCAUUCAAGCGCUGGGAAUGCUCUCGCCCCUUUGCCCCCUUGGGUCCUGUCCGCUUCUCAGAGAAGAUUCAGCGUUUCACGCCCUUCUCCCUCGGUUUUGAGUUCUUGCCUGGAGAAACCUACUAUUACAUCUCCGUGCCAAGUCCAGAAAGUCCUGGCCAGUGCCUGAGGCUGCAGGUGUCUGUCUGCUGCAAGGAGAGCAAGUCUGAGUCGGCACAUCCUGUGGGAAGCCCUGGAGAAAGUGGCACAUCGGGGUGGCAAGGUGGGGGUGCUCCCAGCCCCCUCUGUGUGCUGCUGUUGCUGCUGUUCCCCAUCCUGAGGCUCCUGCGAGCUCUCUGA